AUGUUCCAGCCACAUCCGGAGGAGUAUCUUCGCCUUCGGCUUCAUAGAGCGCGCUCCGUCGUCCUGACCCCCGACGAGCUCGUCGAGAUCCGUGCCUCGCAGCGAACCUUUGAGGGCGCCUACAUGCGAACCGCGCUCGGUCAGUUCUCCUUCGCACUCGUCAUCGUCAAAAUCUUCACCGAAGAGUUCUACGCUAUCGGCGCUCUCUUCGCCGCGUACGGUGCUGCCAUCCUUCUUGUCGCCAUCUACCGUCGCCACCAGGGCCACCGCCAGUUCUUCGCCACAGACGUCAACGAUGGCUUCGUCAGUCGCAAGUUCAACACGAGCGGUGAUACCGUAAUUCUCAUGACCGCCUUGAGCCUCGGUGCCUACAUAACGCUUCUCGUCCUCACCUGGAAGCUGUGA